AUGGCCACGGCGACCAUGGGGCUGCGACGACGCGUGCCGGUUAACGGCUCGCCGUCCCCGACGGGCCAGUCGUCGGCCUCCUCCUCGACGAACAAGCGCUCCCGCUCGGAGAACAACAACAGCCCGUCCCACGGGAACCUGAACUCGCCGGGCCACGGCGAGCCGCCCGCCAAGAAGUCCCGCGGGACCUCGACCGCCGGCGCCAAGGGCUCGGCCGGUCCCGGCUCGCCCGGGGACUCCAGGGGCCGCGGCGCCUCCGGGAAGUCCAAGGCCGGCGCCUCCGCGCCCUCGGGCGGCCCCGAGUCGCCGGCCGCGGGGUGGGCCGAGGGCGCGCCCUAUGCCCCCGGCAUCCCCGGCCUCUGUUCGCCCGGCCUCGCCAUGCCGCCCGCCAUCCCCUACAUGUCCACCAGCAUGGCGACCUUCGUCGGCACCGCCACCAACCUGGGCAAGAGCUCCUCCGUCUCGUACCUGGACAUCUCGAACAUGACCGGGGGCAGCCUGGCCUCCAGCUACAUGGGCGCGGCCGAGGCCGGCGGGAAGGCGCCCGCGUCGGGCCUGGACGGCCCCGGGGGCGUCGCGAUGCCCUUCUCCGGCGCGUCGCCGGCCCCCGGCGGAGGCGCCUUCGUCGGCAAGGCGGGCCACUCCGUCGGCGAGCCCGGCCCCGGGGUGCCCAAGAAGUUUCUCAACGACGCCAUGUUCAACGCCUACCAGCCCUGGGUGAUCAAGACCUACGGCGACCUCGCCAAGACCAAGACCAUCACCAUCAAGAAGUACGCGCGCAUCCUCCGGACGCUGCGCGGCGAGGAGGUCAACAGCGCGGAGAACAGCAAGUUCCGAUUCUGGGUCAAGAGCAAGGGUUUCCACAUCGGACAGCCCGAAGGAUACGACGCCAAGCCGGCCGAUAGGAUCGUGGGUCGGCACGCCGUCACGAGUCCCGGACUCGACCCGCCCCUCUACGUACCUACGCAGCUGCCGCACAACAAAAGUCUAAAUGGCGCGGAAGGCACGGUGCCGCCAGGCAGAGUGUACAAGAAGGUGGCCAUCGUGGAAAACUUCUUCGACAUCAUCCAUGCCGUCCACGUGGACCUGGAGGGGCGGCCUGGAAAACAUGCCGGACAGAAGCGGACGUAUAGAACGAUUACGGAGACGUACGCGUUUCUACCCCGCGAGGCGGUGACGAGGUUUCUCCUGGGGUGCACGGAGUGCCAGCGUCGACCACGGACGCCGAGCCCGACGAAUCUGUCGAACCAGUCGCAGGCGACGACGGCGUCUUCCUCGUCGACGCCGCUGAGUCCGCUCCCGGCGACGGCGCUCUCGGCGUCGACCGGGGCGGUCCAAAGCAGUCCGCGGCCCCGGGAAGCGAGCCAUCCCCCGGAGAGCAAGAGCCUCUUCAGCUACCGACACCCAAAGCACCAGAAGCAGACCGUCCCCACUGCGGCCAUGACGGCGACGACGGCCCCGGCGACGCCCGCCCCGGCGCCCCUGGCGGCGGCGUCGCCGGUUGCCGCGGCGCCGACGGAGCGGGAGGAGAAGUACAACCCCCUGAGCAUCAGCAACCUCCUCAAGAAGGAGCCCACCGGCAGCGGCUUCGGCGCGAGCCCCGACGCCCUCCCAGACUCCCGGAGGACUCCAGAGUCCGACAGGGCGAGCUCCAGGAGUUCGGCCUCCUCUAAGCGGAGGCGAAUGCUUCCCGAGGGCCGGACGCCGUCGCCGCAGCCAACGCAUCCCCUCCCCAGGCCCUGGAGUCCGGGGCUGGACCCCAAGAACACUCCCGUGGACUACAGUCUUCCCAUCACCACCUCGUACCUAAAGCACCAGCAGCGGAUCCUCGCGGAGAAGAGCAAGGCGGCCUCCAUCGCCGCCGCCGCCCCCGAAGAGGAGCACCGAGACCCCGAUCAGACCCCCGGCCUCCAGGAGGCGGAGGCGCCCGACAUGGGCAGGUUCUCGCCCGCGGCGGGCCUGAUCGAUACCAACCUCAACCUCUUGGCGACCAUUCAGCACCUCCACUGCCAAGUUAUGCUCGCCCUGACCGAGAGGCUGCGCGCCUCCGUGCCGGGGAACGCGCUCUCCCUGCCCGCGGACGUCGCCGCCGUGACCGCGGAAUUGUCCGUCUCGGCGCGGAACGAUUCCUGA